CAGGAGUUGCCGUCCUCCCGCUGGGUCGCCAGGUACUCGCACAGACCGGGAGCCUUUCGGACCAACAAGAAGGCGAUGGUCAUGAAAAACGAGGCGAUAUAAUACGGCUUCAGCAGCCAUUUGUAAAUCUGAGGUAAGUGGUACAAGAAAGUACAGAGUCCUGUGAUUAAACCCAUGCUGGCGGACCCGACAGUCACCCUCUGUGAGUUUGAGGAGGAAUGACAGCUGAAGUAUCUGACUGUGGUCCAAGCGGCGACUUGGUCGAGCCGCGCAUGCGCCACAUAAAACUUACGUCGUCGUUCCUGGGCGCAGCGGCUCGCCGUAGAUUUGGCGGGUGUUGUGAAAAAAACAAAACAUAAACAGAGGAAGCUGGGGGAGAAAAAUGGAGCAGAGCGAAGAAGUAACAGAAAAGAAGACUUUAAAGAAAUGUGUCUCCGGUGAAGAGCAGACUAAUGAGGCUGGAGCCGCUGGUAAACCGACCGAGGAGACGGAAGCUCGGUAUAACCGGCUCAAGUUGUUCGACAAAGUGAUGCAGAAGAGCCUGGAAAAGUUCAUCGACCAUGCCAGUUUUAACAGAUUCGCCAGCACGUUUCGCCCUCUGUACAAGAAGAACCCCCAGAGGAUGGAGAGCAUUCACAAGCAGUUCAUCGAGGAGUUGCGGAGGACUAUACAGGAGGACAUCAGCAGAUUGAUGGAAGAAGGCCGGUUAGAUUUCAAACUGAAUGAGUUGGACAAAAUGGAGAGUGCUGCCAAGAACAAUCAAAACCCUGCGUGGAGGCCGAGUGGGGUUCCUGAGCAGGACUUUUGCAGCUUUCUGAUGCCAUACUAUCAAAAGCAAGAGGCCUACAUGCAACUAGAGCUGAAAAAGAUUCGGGCAGAGAAUGCCGCCCUGGCGCAGAAGGUUCAGGCUGGUAGAGACAGCGUUACUCAGACUGAAAACCGUAUUUCUACAGCUGUUGAUGAGUGGAAGGCCUCAGUCACAGAGUUUGAAAGGCUGCCAUCUUCUCUCUGCCCCACUGAUGUCUUCGAUGUGUGAUCUUCAAGUUGAUACAUCAACUAACUUAAAUGUACAUAUUGAUUUUGUUCUCUAUGUCUGUUUGUCUAAAUAAAUAAAUAAACUUAAAAUCUUUGAAAUAAAAAAAUGUUUGGAGAC